AUGAAUUGGUUCCAUGAGGAUUUGCCGCUUCUGGUUAUUGAUAGCGCAUAUGGGGCAGGUAAAUCACUUUGUACUGCACUAAUGGCAGUAGAGGCCGUCAAAAAGGGUAAAACGGUGCUUAUCGCAGCAGUACAGAAAUCAGCAUUGGACGUAAUCUGCUCAAAAUUAGCGCAGAUGGAUACACCCGACAUCCAUCCUGAGCGGUAUGUAAACGAAAUGCUAGCACGCGAUACCCUUCGUACCGGCCCCUACGACAUUGCCUCGUUUAUGGAACGGCUACCCGUAACGCAUAGCGAUCACAUGGGUCCGACCGCAGCUGCGAUGUUUCGCGCCUUUGCAGAUAAGCGUCGCCUCCUCGAAUUUCUCUUCACGGGCGUGGACCAGAAUCUCAUGGCUUCAGAACAUAAAACUCUCCUGAUGUUCGAAGAGGCUAACUCCAAGCGCGUUAAAGCCCUCACCUCCAAGUUCCUUGAAAUCUAUCUAUCCAACAUCUUCAUAUGUACUAUCGCCUCGGCAACUAACCUUACGACCAAGGAAGGGUGCCGCCCAUCUAGGCAAUGGGACACGUCCUCCUCGAUGAAGCAUCCAUGA